ACUUUAACAGCUGCACAUAAGCUAUCAGAUUUUUUACACUAAUCCUGGUUAAAUGUGAGUCGUGAGUUGACUAGUUAAGACUAGAACUAGAACCACUACAGAACCAUCAUUUUGGGGUUUUCUCUGUCAACAAAGGAUGCCUUCCACAUUAGAAGACCUGUGCUGCCCCAUCUGCCAUGACAUCUUCAAAGACCCUGUGAUUUUGAACUGCACCCACAACUUCUGCAGAGCCUGUGUGGAGAGCGAGUGGAGAACAAAGCCAAGAAAAUGUCCACUGUGUUCGAGAAGACACUCUAAACAUCUUCCUCCAGACAUAGCCUUGAGGAAUGAGUGUGAGGUUCUCCUACGACAGAGAACAGAACUGGAGUCAGUUUGUAAGCUUCACAACGAGGAUCUCACACUCUUCUGCAGAAACCAUCUCCAGCCAGUCUGUUUAAACUGUAGAGACACUGAACAACAUAAUGGGCAUACAAUCCGACCUAUAAAAAAGGAAGCUCCGAUUAUCCGAAAAAAGCUGGAAGAAAAACUCAAACCACUGAAAGACAAGAUUCAAGAGUUGAGUAGAAGCAAACAAAAUUUUUUGGAAACUGCCUUUCAUAUCAAAACCCAGGGGCGUUUAUCUGAGACUAGAAUCAGUGAGCAUUUUCAGAGGCUCCAUCAGUUUCUGGAAAAGGAACAACAAAACCGAAUCCAAGCUGUGAGGGAGGAAGAGGAGCAGAAGAUAAAGAGCCUGGAGGACAAGAUGGCAGAGAUCGGCAAAGAGAUACAAGCUCUGUCUGAGAUCAUUGCAUCCAUAGAGAAGCAGCUAGAAGUUCCAGAUAUCUCCAUCCUGCUUAAAUACAAGGCUACAGUAAAGAAAAUAAAGCACUGCCCCCUUAUGGAGACACCAAAGUUGGGCUCGGGAGCUUUGAUAGACCAGGCCAAACAUCUAGGCAACCUGGAUUUUAACAUCUGGAACAACAUGAAGAACCUGGUGGAGUUCUACCCUGUCAUUUUGGACCCUAACACAGCACAUCCAGAACUAACAUUGUCCGAGGAUUUAACCAGCGUAAAAUGUGUAAACGAACAACAAAUUCCAGAUAUUCCUGAACGAUUUACUUCUUAUUACCGCGUUUUGGGAUCAGAAGGAUUUAGUUGUGGUAAUCACAGUUGGGAGGUCGAAGUGUCCGGUAAAGAGUACUGGUCAGUAGGUGUGGUCAGUGGGUCUGUGCAAAGAAAAGGAAAAAUGGAUGCUGGGAAUUGGGAAAUCUAUUUUAUAAAUGGUAAUUACAAAGUCGUCUCUCGGCCAGACACGUUUAUACUCCUGGAUGUUCAGAAUCUGAGCAGAGUGAGAGUGAACUUAGACUGUGACAAAGGAACACUUUCGUUUCAUGAUGCAGAUACUGAUAUGUGCCUAUAUACUUUCACCGAGUGUUUAUCUGAGAGUCUGUUCCCAUGCUUUCUGACCUAUAACACCACCCCACUGAAGGUUUCGCCUUCCAAGAGCUAUUUUAACAUUUCAUCCUGUCGUCUUUAAACAACAAGUCAUUUUAGGAACAUAAAGGCAACAGCUGUAUUUCACACAUAGACAUAAAAUUGAAGACAUUACAAAAGUUAUGUGUGUUCAUGUGUCUUCUGUAAACUUGUGGUGCCAGUAGCUCAGUUGGUAGUGUUUGUCCUCUGAUCCCAAGGUUUGCGGUUCCAAUCCCAUUCUCGACAUACAUAUCGUCGGUAGAGCAGUCAGAUCCACUGACCCACAGAUUGGUGGUGUGAUUCCAGCUCUCACAGAUGAAUACUGUUGUUGUGUCCUUGGGCAACACACUUGACCCACCUUUCCGUCAGAGUCUGCGUACAUUGAUGUGUGAAUGAGUGAGUGGUUCUAUGGUGUAAAGUGCUUGACGGUAGAAAAGUGCUAUAUAAAUGUGACCAAUUUGUAUUGUUCCUUUCAACAUUCUA